AUGUCCCUCACUCUCGCGCUAACAUGUGAUGUAAUAGCCCAGCCUCUCCUCCAUCCGGUCGCGCUGCCAUAUAAACGGAUCUUAGCGCCUUCCACCACAAUCCUGCCUUCAUCCUCCGAAUCCUUAACGUCGGUCUGAAGGAAAUAACCUAACAAAAUGCGUGAAUGUAUUUCAAUGCACGUUGGCCAGGCCGGAGCCCAGAUGGGCAAUGCAUGCUGGGAGUUGUAUUGCCUGGAGCAUGGAAUCCAGCCAGAUGGUCAAAUGCCCAGUGACAAAACCAUUGGAGGUGGAGAUGACUCCUUCAACACCUUCUUCAGCGAGACUGGUGCUGGAAAACAUGUCCCAAGAGCUGUCUUCGUUGACCUGGAGCCCACCGUCAUUGAUGAGAUUCGCACUGGUACCUACCGUCAGCUGUUCCACCCUGAACAGCUGAUUACUGGUAAGGAAGAUGCUGCCAACAAUUACGCCCGUGGUCACUACACUAUUGGCAAGGAAAUCAUUGACCUGGUGCUUGACAGGACUCGCAAACUGGCUGAUCAGUGCACGGGGCUCCAGGGCUUCUUGAUCUUCCAUAGUUUUGGUGGUGGCACUGGCUCUGGCUUCACCUCCCUGCUUAUGGAACGACUCUCUGUCGACUACGGCAAGAAGUCAAAGCUUGAGUUUGCUGUAUAUCCAGCUCCCCAAGUGUCUACAGCUGUGGUAGAGCCCUACAACUCCAUCCUCACUACCCACACCACCUUAGAGCACUCUGACUGUGCCUUCAUGGUGGACAACGAGGCAAUCUAUGACAUCUGCCGUAGAAACCUCGACAUCGAGCGCCCCACCUACACUAACCUCAACAGGCUGAUCGGGCAAAUCGUGUCCUCCAUCACAGCAUCCCUGCGUUUUGACGGAGCCCUGAAUGUAGAUCUGACUGAGUUCCAAACCAAUCUGGUGCCCUACCCACGUAUCCACUUCCCUCUGGCCACCUACGCCCCAGUGAUCUCUGCGGAGAAGGCCUACCAUGAGCAGCUCUCUGUGGCUGACAUUACCAAUGCUUGCUUCGAGCCAGCCAAUCAGAUGGUGAAGUGUGACCCUCGUCAUGGAAAGUACAUGGCAUGCUGUCUGUUGUACCGUGGAGAUGUUGUUCCAAAAGACGUCAACUCUGCCAUCGCCACUAUCAAGACAAAGCGGACCAUCCAGUUUGUGGACUGGUGUCCCACUGGCUUCAAGGUGGGCAUCAACUACCAGCCCCCAACUGUGGUUCCUGGAGGAGAUCUGGCUAAGGUGCAGCGAGCCGUGUGUAUGCUGAGCAACACCACAGCCAUUGCUGAAGCUUGGGCUCGUCUGGAUCACAAGUUCGAUCUGAUGUAUGCCAAGAGGGCUUUUGUCCACUGGUAUGUGGGUGAAGGUAUGGAGGAGGGUGAGUUCUCAGAAGCCAGAGAAGACAUGGCUGCCCUGGAGAAGGAUUAUGAAGAGGUGGGCACAGACAGUGUUGGAGAGGAGGAUGAAGAAGGAGAGGAAUAUUAAGUAGAUGCCACAUUGUGGCUUGUUGAUCUCUGCUCAACCAAGCAAGACAACUUGUGCCCAGUUUUAAAAAUGUAGGAGUUGUUCUGUGUUAAAACAACAUUCCAUGAAAUAAAUUAUGUUAUUUUUAUUUGAUCAUGGUGUUCAAUAAAAAUGAAGAAAAAAAAUA